AUGAAGCUCCUCAUCGUCAUCCUCGGCCUGGCUCUAGCUGUUACAGCGGAAGAACCAAUCUUCCGUGACUAUCAUCUAGAGAUAGGUAUCCCCGAAAGGGCUCGCAUAGACGCUGCUGAGGCGGCCGCGGAUUUCGACGGUUCCAGGAUUAUCGGAGGACAGGUUUCAGCACUAGGAGCUAAUCCCCACUUGGCUGGUCUACAAAUCUCAUUGUACAACGGACAUAGAUCAAUUUGUGGAGCUUCUCUUAUUAGUAACACUAGACUGGUCACUGCUGCUCACUGUUGGAGAACUCCUAAUGCACGAGCUAGAAGUGUUACCGUUAUUCUCGGAACUGUUAACUACAAUUCUGGUGGCGUUCGUAUCACCACCAACAAUGUUGUUACACAUCCCUUAUACAGCGAUUUUAAUAUCCGAAACGAUGUUGCUGUCAUUCGCAUCAAUCACGUUAACUUCAACAACAACAUCCGGCCCGUCGCGUUAGCCACCGGCUCCAACCAAUAUGUCGGUGUUACGGCUGUAGCUGCUGGUUUCGGAAGUACGAGUGAAACCAGCUCAGUAUCAAGUGUAGCGAGACAUGUAAGCCUGCAAGUCAUUGAUAACAACACGUGUGCUAGGACAUAUGGUACCGCAGUCGUUGGCUCUUCCAUUUUGUGCACGUCUAAUAGCGGCGGCAAAAGCUUCUGCUCAGGCGACUCAGGAGGUCCUCUCACGGUCGGCAAUACCUUGAUUGGUAUCGCUAGCUUCCUUUCGGCCCGCGGUUGCGCGGCGGCACCAAGCGGUUUCGCCAGAGUUACCUAUUUUGCUUCUUGGCUUUCAUCACAAUAGAGUUCUGCAUAGUAUGUGUGGCGACAUCUAUCGCGUGACAUACGAACUACGUAACUAAGAAAUGACGCAUCCUACAUCGCGAUAUCAAAGUUAUUACAGCAAUUAAGUACGAGUAUAUAUACAAGAAACCAAUAACAACCGUCUGAUCGGAGGAUCCUCUCUAUUCAACGGUGGAUGAGGAACUUAACACUCCGUUCCUCACACCCCUAAACUGGUGACCCCGACGAGAUCAUUAGGGCAGCCUUUGUAAGCUACGUCAUCGUGACAUCACCCCCAAAUAUCAUUUAAUAAUUAAAUAUUUUGAUGCGU